UUAAGAUGCGGGCGCGAUCCGGGCACCCACAGCUAAAUGUACUUGUUCUUACUGUACUUCGAACAUCAGUACAGUAUGUGAGGAUAAGAACAAGAACAAGAUAUUGAGGAAUUGUUUAACUAUUUUGCUGAGGUUUAUUUAUAUUCUUAUUCAUAUAACUUGAUUAAAAUAUCUAUUUUAAUGUUUUCCAUAAAUUCGGGACACAAGGAUAAGCAAUAAUGUGAUUAGCAGACGAUUCUUAUCAGUCCCUUAAGAGCUAAAAGAAUACAUGGGCUGAAAUGUGAAUAAAUGAAUAAGUAAAUGCUACAAUUUACAAAUUAAAUCAACUUAUCUAUCUAUAAUAUGUGAUAUAACUGCUCCAGUCAGAUCAUGUUAUGCCCAUGUUACUCCUCUAGAUGGUAGCAUCUCUCAUAUACAGGCUCCCAGUUACUGCACAUUUGCACCUUAUUAUGACACAUACACUGACUUAAUAGCUGAAAUAGAAAUAGUUUAUUUUGUAGCGUCUAAGUCCUUUAAGACAGGAAAAUGUGUCAUGUACGAUAUGCUAUGUCAUCAAAAAGACUAACUGUCAUGUUACAAACUUUUACGCAAUUUGAGGCCAAAUCACUUUUGAGUUAGUAAGUUAAAAAUGUUCCUGUCAGACAUGAGAACAACAUGUUUGGUACUUGCCUGUGUGUGUACAGUAUUAAUGUGUUAAUGUAGUUAAUGAAAGGGUGUUAUCUGACACUGCCUCCAUUCAUUCUGGCUACACUUCCUUCCUGUUUUUGGCUGGUGAUCACAGACGUGUUUUAGCCAUAUAGAAGCUUUUAUAAAAUGUUUGUGGCUCAUUGCAACCAAAAGCCUCCUUCUACAACAUUUGAUAAUUCAUUACUUUAUGAAGUAUGUGGAUGAGUCCAUGUUGUUAUUCCACUGCAUGUUUUACAUGUAAUAAACAAAAUGAAACAUAUAGAAAUCGUAUUUGAAAAUAUAACAAGACUACCUAAACCAGUAAAAUAUGGCAAAAUCCUUCAUACAAAGAUUCAUAUAUACUUCUAUAUUUAUUAAUAUGCUUAGAGUUUACAUAGCUUGUUAUGGCCCCUCAUAUAUUAACGACAAGGGUGACUCCCUGACAUCACUGAUGACAUCAUAUCUGGUAUAAAAGACCAGUUGGAGAACUGUAGCAUAUCAGAGGCCCCCCAGCUGCUCUGUGUAGUGUAUCCAGAUCAUCAUGCGUGAAAUUGUACAUCUGCAAAUUGGACAAUGUGGCAACCAGAUCGGCUCAAAGUUUUGGGAAGUGAUCAGUGAAGAACAUGGACUCAAUGCUACAGGUCUCUAUGAGGGAGACUGCAACCUUCAGCUGGAGAGGGUCAACGUCUACUUCAAUGAGGCACAUGGUGGUAAAUAUGUGCCCAGGGCCCUGCUUGUUGACCUGGAGCCUGGCACAAUGGACAGUGUAAGAGGGAGCCGCAUCGGGGCCCUUUUUAGGCCAGACAACUUCAUCCAUGGAAAUUCAGGAGCUGGGAAUAACUGGGCGAAGGGUCACUACACUGAGGGAGCGGAGCUGGUGGACCAGGUGAUGGACAGAGUGAGGAACGAGUGUGAAAGCUGUGAUUGCCUGCAGGGCUUCCAGCUGGUUCACUCACUGGGGGGUGGCACUGGCUCUGGCAUGGGAACCCUCCUCAUCAACAAGAUCCGAGAGGAGUAUCCUGACCGCAUCAUGAACACCUUCAGCAUCAUGCCUUCCCCUAAAGUCUCUGACACAGUGGUGGAGCCCUACAACGCCACCUUGUCAGUCCACCAACUCCUGGAGAACACAGACGAGACCUUCUGCAUCGACAACGAGGCCCUCUAUGACAUCUGUUUCCGCACGCUGAAACUGACCACACCAACCUACGGGGACCUCAACCACUUGGUCUGCAUGACCAUGAGCGGGGUCACAACCUCCCUGAGAUUCCCCGGACAGCUCAACGCAGACCUGAGGAAGCUGGCCGUCAACAUGGUGCCUUUCCCUCGCCUCCACUUCUUCAUGCCAGGCUUUGCCCCUCUGACAGCGCGUGGCAGCCAACAGUACAGCGCCCUCACUGUGCCUGAGCUCACCCAGCAGAUGUUCGACUCCCGCAACAUGAUGACAGCUUGCGACCCCAGACGAGGGCGCUACCUCACAGUUGCUGGUGUCUUCCGUGGCAAGAUGUCCACCAAGGAGGUAGAUGAGCAGAUGCUUGCAAUCCAGCAGAGAAACAGCAACUACUUUGUGGACUGGAUCCCCCAUAACGUGAAGGUUGCCGUGUGUGACAUCCCACCCCGAGGCCUCAAAAUGGCCUCCACCUUCAUCGGCAAUAACACGGCCAUUCAGGAGAUAUUCCGUCGUGUUGGCGAGCAGUUCUCCCUGAUGUUCAGACGGAAGGCUUUCCUCCACUGGUAUACAGGGGAGGGUAUGGAUGAAUUGGAGUUCAACGAGGCAGAGAGCAACCUCAACGACCUAGUGUCAGAGUAUCAGCAGUACCAAGAUGCCACUGCUCAUGAAUCGGAAGGGGAAGAUGAAGAAGAGGUGGGAGAGUCAUCUCCAGCAGAAACAAAGGUUCAGUCUCGGAUGGAAGUUACACUGGAAACAGUGACGGAAACAAGCACAGAAACUGUAGAUGAGUAGAAGACACGACGCAUAGAGUUUGGUGUGUAGGUUUGACAUGCUGUUGGAAGAAUGUGGAAGAAAUGUGAGAUUUUUGGUCUGAAAAGGGAACUCUGUUCUGUUGUCGCAUAAUUCAUGCGGAUAAAUGAUGCUGUGACCUAUUUACACAAUAGUACUUAAGUUUUUUGUAUUUUUUAACUGAUUUGUAUGCAAGUUUGUUUGUUUUAAGGGUUUAAGGCUUAAAGAGUUUUUUCUGUCAUAGUGAACAUUUGGAAAUCAACAUGUAUGUAUAUAGGCUACACCAACUGUGUUUUAUAUAUUGCUAUUAAAAACUGCCUUUAGAUAGUGAUGUUAAAAUUAUUUGUUCAGUAUUUUUCUUAAGACCUUAUUGUUGCAUUGCAUGUAUUUAUGUUAUAACUAUGAUUUAACACAGUAAAACCAAAGAGUAAUGAC